AUGCGCAUUCGACCCAUUAUUCAGAUUACCACCAACCAGCCUAUUUCGAGGAUUCUCGGAAGUUUAAAUCUCUCAAACUACGCUUUGGCUAGUGCCAUCUUGAUCUUAAUGACAAUAGAACAUCGGAUCGCUACCGACCGCGAGGGUACAUCCACCUUCGACGUCGAAGUUGUUCCAGCUAAGCAUGUGGCAAUGCGUUCUCUGUCUACCAUCCAGCUACCAUCCUUAAACCUUCGUAAACUCUUCACCUGGACUCUUGGUCCUCGUGUCAACGCUGCCAUGAUCUGCACUUUAUUCCUUACUGCUGCAUGUCUAUAUGCUACCUUGGCGGUGCAUGCCGCUCCCGUUCUCAAUGUUCCUAUCAGUAAGCAUGCUGGACCAGUCAAAGCUAAUUCAUACAUUAUCAAACUCAAGGAUGGCGUGUCCAAGGAUUCCCAUAUUGCCAAGUUGCUUUCGAAAACAUCUGACUCGAAAGUCAAAUACAAGUAUGAGCGGGCCUUUCACGGUUACGCUAUUGAGCUCAAAGGCAAGGAUCUUGACUUUGUGCGUCAAUCCAACGAUGUGGAAUACAUCCUUGAGGAUGGGAUCUUUACCAUUCAAUAUGAGACUCCGGAGAGCUUGGGUGAAUCCAGGCCAGCAAACGAGUCCAUCGGUCAGUUGUCCAAACGUGCCAACGGAGCGGGCGUGGAUGUGUACAGUAUUGACACCGGAAUUUAUACUGCUCACAAUAGUUUUGGUGGACGUGCCAGAUGGGGUGCUACGUUUGGCGGGUACAGCAAUGCCGAUGGGAACGGCCACGGCACUCAUACUGCGGCUAUCGCGGUUGGAGCUAAUUAUGGCAUUGCUACCUCCGCCAAUAUCAUCGCUGUCAAAGUCUUGUCCGACUCUGGCUCUGGUACAAUCUCGGAUGUCAUUGCUGGGAUCAACUACAUUAUCUCCUCAGCCCAAUCUUCCGGUCGGCCGUCAAUUGCCACUUUCUCGAUUGGAGGGGGUGCCAAUAAUGCCGUCGACUCUGCUGUCAAUAAUCUGAUUAGCAGUGGUGUCCACUGUACUGUCGCAGCGGGCGGUUCCAAUGUUGAUGCUGGUAAUGAGAGCCCAGCUCGCGUGGCUGCAGCCAACACUGUUGGUGCCGUGGACUCAAGCAACCGAAGAGCAUCGUUCUCAAGCUACGGUUCCGUUAUAGAUGUAUGGGCGCCUGGUGUGAGCAUCCUAAGCGCGUGGAUCGGAAAUCCAAGUGCUACUAAUACGCUUAGCGGAACCUCAAUGUCUACACCUUUCGUUGCUGGUAUACUGGCUGCUGCGAUUGGAGACUACGGAAACAAAUCGCCCGCCCAGCUUUCAUCAGAUCUCAAGCUUCAUGCUCGUGCUGUGGUCACAGGAGUUCCUUCUGGUACUACGAAUUUACUCGCUACCAGGUGGUAG